CAGGAGUGCACACACACACAAAAUACCCCUGCUCUCAUGCACGCACACACACUCGCUGCACAUGCAUCGAGUGGAACAGAUCCACAGUGCUGCACAGUAGUGAGGCCAUGGUGUUUGAUUGAGAGAGAGAGGGGGGGGGGUUUGGAGAGAAAGAGAAAGAGAGAGAGAGGGAUUACUCUCCACCUCGCCAAUUUAAGGAGAGCACCAGCGUGGAGAAGUUGCAUGAAGUGUGUGUUUCCAACUAAGGACUUUCUUAUCAGACCAUGGAAGCCAAGAAGUGGAGGUAGAAGAACAAGAAGUAGAAGAAGGGAGAAAAAAACUUUCUGGUGGCUGAACAGGAGACCAGAGUUUCAUCUGAGGGGAUUACUGGACUCUUCAUAUAUGCGCUAAUGCCAUGGUGAUAUCCUACAUGAUCGUCUCUUGUUGACAGGAGCCUCCCGGUGUAUUGGAUUUCCCAGGGAUCAAAGUUUGUUUUCCAAGCAGAGUGUGUGAAUGAAGUGUGCGGAAGCAGGAAACAUGUCAAACGGACGUUUCAGUCACCUGUUGAAGGGAGUUUGGCUGCUGUGGCUGUGGCAAGCUGUGUUUGUGGCUGGAACUGGGAGUAAACUAUGGGAGGUGCCCACAGCCUCCUUCACUUCCUCCUCCAACCUCAGUGAGAGCCUGAAGUGGGAGCAGGACUGUCAGUACCGCCACCUACAGGACAGAGUGAGAAUCACAGCAGACAUCCCCCCAAGACUGGAUGGCACAUGGGUGUCAACAAGGUGUGAAGUUCGGCCUGGACCCGAGUUCCUCACCCGCUCCUACACUUUCCACUCCAGCCGUCAUUUCCAGGCCCUGCAGCACUAUUACGUAGACAACGGCUGCGAGGACCCAGCCUACUCCCUGAUGAUCAGGGGGAAGCUUCGUCUGCGCCAGGCCUCUUGGAUCACCCGCGGGGGCACUGAAGGUGAACACCACCUCAGCAAGGUGGGCAUCGUGGUCCACAGCCUAGCAGCCAAGCAGAGGCUGAUCUCCAGGCUGCCAUUGACCUGCGUCGGUCUGACUCUGGAUCGAGUUGUGCCAGGGAAGCUGUAUGAGCUGUACAAUACUCGAGCAGGGAGGGGAUGUCUGGCAGCGCUUGGCUUCUCCAUGAUUGAACUGGGACUGAUAAGGGUGGAGACGCACCACCACAACCAUGAAGGCAAGAUCCAAGAGCUGUUCUUAGGAGAUAUUCACACCGACUGGACACAGAGGACUCAGUACAGACCUACAGGAUACCAAGAGCCACUGCAGAAUGCUAUGCAUCACAUCCACCCCUGCCCUGUGUGCGCACUGGUUUACCGCUCCUCAGAGCAGCGCCCCCCUGUGUUGCCCCGCAGCCCUGCAGCUCCUCUGUCUCUGGCCGGCCGCUGGGUCAGCCAGCACUGCGAAACCCGUCCCAACAUCCUCUUCCUUACCCGAGACUUCACCUUUGACCCUGGUCAGCACGCAUGGGAGGGCAUCUACCGUCACUACUCGGACCCCGUCUGCUCUCAGCCCACAUUCACCCUGAGAGCCUCUGGCCACUACGCUCAGGGAAACCCCUCCACCAAGGUCUCAGGAGCCACUGAGUUCGUCUUCAAGGUCACACAGGUGAGAGUCACAGUUGAAGAGGAGCCCACAGCAAAGAUGUUGAAUGGGACAAGGCCAGGAAAGUGUGGUCGUGCAGGAGGCUGGGAGGUCGGGGUGGAGCAGGACUUGAGCCCCACAGAUGGGUGCACUCUGCUGGGCAUCAAGUUGCCACAUAAAGAGUUUGAGCUCUUCAAAACUGAGCUGGACCACAGGAAACACCCGCUGCUGUUCAUCGGAGAGAGGCCGACUGACGGGUCCAGUCCAGACCGACCACAGAGGAGACCCACUUCCUUUCAGGCUCCCAUGGUGCUUUGCAGUGGGGGGGAGACACAGCCUUCACGUCGCUAUGGCUCAGGUUUUAACAGCAAGCAAGUCCAACUAGCAGCCAGUGGGACAAAGAGACUGGCACAGCUGGUGUUACUGGUGCUAGGAUCUGUGCUGUGCAGCUGGUUUUGUGUUUUUUAGAGACGUUCCCAAAUCACGCCUGUUCCACAGCUGAAGUCAUUGAUGGACAUUGUUUUCUGGCAGCUUUCAUUCACUCUUCCUCCAUAUGAUGAUGACCACAUGUGUGAUGGUCAAAGAAAGUCAUGAGACACUUAGGAGAGCUGAAUAAUUUUUGGUAUCUGGCUUUCAGACGCUGCCUUGAGGUUCACUUUAAUGACUCCUUCAGCUGCAUUUCUACCUAAAACUAAUCUGUAUAUAAACCACCAGUAUAUACACGUGCCAUCAUUUCAGUAUGUAAAAAUAUAUUCUUUUAAAUCAUGUUCCUUUUGUAUAAUGAUCAGAUGUUCUCACUUCACAUAUCAAUUGCUUUUUGCAUAUUUUGGGGGGGUUUUCUUGCCAUGCUAUUAUAACAAGUUCACAGUGUUGAAAUGUGGAUCAGUUAUUUCCACAUCAAACUCAGAGCCAUGGACAUUCCAGCAGACUUCACACAAGAGCUCAUUUUCAUCCAAGAUGCAGUACGGCUAAUGCACUUUGUACAGAACAUUGUUUUCUCAGCAUGUUGGAGAGAAAAAGAAGCUGGAAAGUAGAAAAAAGUGUAAUCAGCACUCUAAUAGCAGCCAUCGUCGUUGGUUCGAUGCCACUGUGGUGUGAAAUGUUGCUUUAUCUCUAACCUAUUUCAAAGCUUGUGUAUUAGUCUGCAUUUCUAUCUAAACAAAUCAAAUGAAUAUUUAUUUUAACCAUUUAUACUGUACUUUUUGAUAAGAGGAAGAUUUUGGUCUAAUAUUUUAGUUAGUUUUGCCAUUUAAGAAGUGAUUAUUUUCUAUGUAUUAAAAAUGGCUUUUCAUAACAUCUUGUGUUCAGUCAAUCUUUUAAACUAGACUGUG